GACUCCACCACAGGACUCUGGUAGAGGGGCGUGCCGCCCGACUCCACAUAAUUAGAGCAUCAGUAGGCUGGUCUGUAACGCCACGACCAACAACCCGACGGGUAUAUGGGUCGGACGAAAGAAACACUGAAAAGCCCGUGAUGAAACUCUGCGAAGCGUGUUGUCUAAAAGUGGAUUCCAAGAACACUCGAAGAUUAAAUGGAGAUGAAUAUGAGCACGCUUUUAAAUUUAUUGGCAUGACAUGUGUCCAACUGGUUUGCAAAAAUUGCUAUGUGAAAUUUUACAAAGUCAACAAUUUUGAAAAAGAUCUUCUUGAGAAGAAAGAGAAAUUAGAAACUACCAGGAGAACUAUUUCUCAACAGAUCUUGGAGCUUCCUGGGGUCAAAAGGUGUAUCAGUUCAAUUACAGGAAUAACGAUAAAGCAAGAGAGUGGGGAGGAUGUUUCCACCAGUCCCAGGAAGCAGUGCAUUUCAAAAGUAGAUGUAUUCAAGUCUGGAACUGACAACAAAUCCACCCAAACCACACCCAACAUGGAGUGGUGCAAGGAGAAGGACGUGCAUGGACGGGCGCUGAGACAAAAUAAGAAAUAUCCGGAAAAUACAGGCAUAAAAUACCUCUCCCAGAGCAAGUUCAAACCAGGAUUCAGAUAUUACUUAAAGAAGAGAAUUCCUCAGCAAACUCUGAGGCAGAUUCUUAUGAAAGAAACACGUAAAAGUUUGAAAUCCUUGGCAAGAAAUAAGAAAAUUCCUUGGAGCUCGGGUCUUUCAUUGGAUGUGCUCAGACGUAUGAGCUUUAUGGACAUUAUUGAACUGUUUAAGGAGGAAGUCCCCUUCCUAUAUGAUAUGAUUGUGGCGUCGUUGACACCAUUUUUACGCAGUUAUGAGGAAAUUUGCAUCUCGAAGAUUCAGUCUGUACUGGGAUUUAUUUUCUCAAUCAUUGCAUUCCGUGCCUACCCCUUGAAAUCGACCCUGGUCCAGAAGAUGAACAGCAUCCAGAUGUGGAGAGCAGGAUGCAAGAGAUCGUUGCUGACAGACUUUAGCCGUCUAGGAAUCUGUGUGGUUGAAAAACGUCUUCAGGAAACGUUAAAUAGUCUCAAGGAAACUUUUGAUGAGGAGACAAAACAAUGGAUGAGGGAAGUGCAGGUUUUUGUAUAUGGUCACAAAGAAACACCUUCCUCACCUUCCCAACCAGCUGUGGAUAAAUUGUGGGAGUCAGUAAAUGAUGUCUCCAAGGACCAGGAAGAAGACUUGGAUGAAGACAGUGAAUGGGAAGAUGCUGAGGAUGACAGCGAGGAGGAGGCGGAGGAAACAGAUGAUCAUGCGGUUGUGAAACCUAUUGUGGGCAAAAAGGUCCAUAACACUGUUCAAUGUAAGGGGGACAUGAUGGAAUAUCAGGAUGUCAAUGAGGACAGUCUGGCUCUACAACCUGAGGCAGACAGAACAGAGGGUGUCGUUGUUAGCAGAGAAGUUCAAAAUAUCACUUGUGAGGUGGAGGAGACAGCUCCUGAAGAUUCUGAUGCUGCAAAGAAAUAUCCUUCAGGCUACACAUUGUGCGUGGAAAAUAUUGGAAAGACCACGCUACUACGAAACAUGACUCGUGAUCUUGAAAACAAAAACCCAAAAGUAGCUGCAGCAUAUGCUGUCAAAAACAGAAUUCCCACAACCGACCUUGACGACACUGAUGUGAGGAUGGCCAAGGAUAUUGACCUUGACACCUUUAUUCUCUCUGAUGACGAGCAAAUGCUGAUCCGUGAUCGCCUCGUCAACAUGGUGUCACGCAUCAUCAAGAGGUACAUCACUGCAGCACAAAAUGUGCAGAUCGAGGAUCAUUAUACCCACAAGUUUGAGAAAGAAAGUAGUAACAAGAGUGAAAUGUGUAACUUGGGAGUAAUGGAAGGUAGCCCUACAAGCAUGCCUGAAGUGUUGAAAAUGAUAGAAAAACUUCAUGACUAUGUGCCCACUGACGGGACCAAGUUACACAAGCUGAUCACGUUGGGUGACACCUCAUUUGGCAAGUACCAUGUUGAAGCCCAACAAGCACGAGCUAACAGUGGAACACCACUCACAAGGCUGGCGGGGCUUGAGCCCUUCCCUCAGGAAUUUGACAAAAGAAUGCUGCUUAUUCAGGAUAUAAUGGACCAGUAUUACUACUGCAAAUCCUCCAUGGCUAAAGGUACAUUGGCCCAGCUGAGAAAUCUUUUAAACCUCAAAGCAGUCUCCAGGAAUGUGCCUGACAUGUUUAAUCAUGUUGCCGACUUUCUUAAAUUUGUAACAGAGUGUUAUGUAAUUGCUUUUGCAAUGAAGAUUCUUUGCAUAGAGGAUUUUGAUGAUGUGACAGUAGUUACUAUGAAGGAUGUCAUUGAAGCCUCACAGCUUAUUGUAACCCAGAUAUGGUGUCCAAUAGAGGUAGUUGAUGAAGAAAGUGCCCAAUCAGAUACAUACUGCUUCUGCCAGCAGACUAUUACAGAUGAAGAUGAUGAUGAACCCAUGAUCGAGUGUGAGGGGAUUGAUUGCCAAAAUGGGAAAUGGUUCCACUUUGCGUGUGUAAACCUGAGUGCUGAAGAAAUUCCCGAAGGCAGCUGGUACUGCUCCCACAGUUGUGAGCAGGGCCUCUCCUCGUGCUGCUGGUGCAAGCGUAAUAAAGACGAGGCCAUGGUUGAGUGCUCAAAUUCUGACUGCCCUAAUGGAUCAUCGUUUCAUGCCAGCUGUGUUGGACUGACUGAUGAUGAACUUCCUAUUGUGGGCGAACCUUGGUACUGCACCAAGGAGUGUAUGGAACACAAGAAAAGGGCAAAGAGAACAAUAAUUGGUGAUAAAGACUUGAAGUAUGCCUACACUCAGAGGAUAACAUGGGCUGGCCUAAAUGAUCUCAUACGUCGGGACGCUAUUCUUCACAACGAUGGACCCAUGAUGAUUCUAUACUGGAAGGCAGAUUUGGCCCAUUUCUAUGCAAAUAACCACCGAAACCACCUCCUCAUGGGUCACAGACUGAUCGCAUCCGUGAAUGGGUGGGUGUCCGAGCGCCUUAGGACAGACCUGGUGUGGAACAGAACCUUGAACCUGACUGGUGGAAUAGGGUGCAAUGAUGAGGCUGGUCGGGUGAAAACUAUACUGGACCAAGAAUUUAAGGACAGCCUGUGCAGUUGUUGUUCCAAGGUGACCACGGAUACAAGCCUCAGUUACGGGAGCCUGCCCAUGGGGAUUGGCAAGGAGCUGCAGAAGCUGUACGCCUUCACACCUGAAACCUCCGUCCCAGAGCCUCCCAUGAGGAAAGCCUCUGUGGACAGGACAGACGACAUGAGGACUAUUGUUGGGCUGAUUAGGAAGGAGAAACUUACUGAGAUUGUGCCAGGCCGGGCCCAUAAAACAUUCCAAAGACUGAGUAAAAACAAGAUCUCUAAAACCAACUUCUUGAAAGGAAUGAAGGACCUGUCUAAAAGGCUUGACAGAUACAGGGCAGUGACUGCUGUGUGGAAUCACUAGUCUUUGUUGUUUGUGUCUGGUCAUUGUUAGAAGCCCUAAUAAUGACUAGCAGUGUUAAUCCCAGUUCUGUUGGUGAUAAGCAUUAUAUUUAGUCACUUUGAUAUGGACUUACUGAUUAUUUUUUACUCAUUUUUAAGAACGUUUUGGUCACCUGAAGCACUGUUAAAAAUGAACAGCAGUGUUAGUCAGUCCUGUUUAUGAUUUUUGUGUCGCCUGAAAAGACGACAUAUAGGGGUUACUUUUGUCGGCGGCGGCGGCGUCCGCGUCCCAUUUUCGCUUGUCCGGUGUAUAUCUCCUAAACUAUUAGUGGUAUCAACUUGAAAUUUCAUAUGUAGAUAGAUCUAAUUGAGGGCAAGUGCAGUGCACAAGAACUGUUACUCUUGCUUCCAUAUUUUUAGAGUAAUUGCCCUUUGUUCUUUUACAUGCUUAAAGUUUUGUCCAGGGCUAUCUUGUAGAAUAUAAGAGUUAUCAACUUGAAACUUUAAAUGUAGAUAGAUCUCAUGGAGGGCAAGUGCAGUGCACAAUAACAGUAACUCUUGCUUUCUUAGUUUUAAAGUUAUUGCCCUUUGUAAAUUUUCAUGGUUAAAGAUUUGUCCGGGGCAUUUCUUGAAGAAUAUAAGAGGUAUCAACUUGAAACUUCAUAGCUAGACAGAUCUCAUUGAGGGCAAGUGCAGUGCACAAGAACCGUUACUCUUGCUGCCAUAUUUUUAGAGUAAUUGCCCUUUGUUAAUUUUCUUGCUUAGGUUUUGUCCGUGGCAUAUCUCGUAAACUUUAGGAGGUAUCAACCUGAAACUUAUUCCUUAGGUAUAUCUGAUUGAGGGAAAGUGCAGUGCACAAAAACGGUAACUCUUGCAUCUAUAUGUUUAGAGUUAUUGCCCUUUGUUAAUUUUCAUGCUUAAAGUUUUGUCCGGGGCAUAUCUUGAAGAAUAUAAGAGGUAUCAACUUGAAACUUCAUAGCUAGAUAGAUCUCAUUGAGGGCAAGUGCAGUGCAUAAGAACCGUAACUCUUGCUGUCAUAUUUUUAGAGUUAUUGCCCUUUGUUAAUUUUCAUGCUUAGGUUUUGUCUGUGGCAUAUCUCGUAAACUAUAGGAGGUAUCAACCUGAAACUUAUUCCGUAGGUAUAUCUGAUUGAGGGAAAGUGCAGUGCACAAAAACCGUAACUCUUGCAUCUAUAUGUUUAGAGUUAUUGCCCUUUGUUAAUUUUCAAGCUUAAAUUUUGUCCGGGGCAUUUCUCGAAAACUAUAUGAGUUAUCAACUUGAAACUUUAUAGAUAGAUAGAUCUUAUUGAAAGGGAUCGCAGUGCACUAAAACUGUAUCUCUUGCUUCCAUAGUAGAGUUAUUGCCCUUUGUUAAUUUUCAUGUUUAACUUUACCUUGCACACUUUUUUAGCUCACCAGAGCACGAAGUGCUCAAGGUGAGCUAUUGUGAUCGGUCUUUGUCCGUCGUCCUUCCGUCAACAAUUGCUUAAAGAACAUCUCCUCUGAAGCUACCUGGCCAAAUUCAAUGAAACUUGACAGGAAGCUUCCUUGGGUGUCCCUCUACAAAAAUACAACAAGGGGUUACGUUUGAUUAACAACAACAACAACAAAAUGGCUGACUUCCUGUUUUGCUUUAACGUUGUUACCUUCAGUUCAAAUGCCACCUACACACACUUGAAAGUUAAAUGGCAACAUCAUUGUCUAUAAAUGAAUAAAAUGCCAAUCUAACAGCUAUAAUGUCGACAGUAAAUAAUUCGUCAGGCGACACAUCCGACUCGCGGAGUUCUAGUUAGUAACUUCUUUUCAUUAUCUUAUUAUUCAACUUUGUGACUGAUUUUUAGCUCGACUAUUCGAAGAAAAAGGAGAGCUAUACUACUCACCCAAGCGUCAGGCGUAAGGUCAUUAUCUCAGCAAAUGCAUCAUGUAUUGCAUUGAAACUUUAGAUAGGUAUUCCCAACUAUCUGACCUACUUAAUUAAUCAAGUUAGAUAACACUAAUUUGAAUAUAAUGCAAUUUAUGGGCUUUUAUUAUUUUACUUAGAAAGUCUGGUUAAGGUUUUGCAUGUAAGCACACAUAGGUUAAUAUCUCAGCAACAACUUGAUGUAUUGCAUUGAGACUAUACAAUGGUACUCAACCAUCCAACCUUUUUAAAUAACCAAGUUAGAUAACUCUAUUUUGCAUAAAAUGCAAAUUAUGGCCCUUUAUUAUUUCAUUUUAAAAUUCUUGUUAAGGUUUUGAAUGUAACCACAUUUAAGUCAAUAUCUCAGCCAAUAAAACAUGUUUUGCAUUGAAACUUUAGACAUGUGUUCCCAACUAUCCAACAUACUUAAUUAAUCAAGUUAGAUAACUCUGUCAUGCAUAUAAUGCAAAUAAUUGCCCUUUUUUAAUCAACAUAGAAAUUCUGGUUAAGGUUUUGCAUGUAAGCACACAUAGGUUAAUAUCUCAGCAACAACUUGAUGUAUUGCAUUGAGACUAUACAAUGGUACGCAACCAUCCAACCUUUUUAAAUAACCAAGUUAGAUAACUCUUUUUUGCAUAAAAUGCAAAUUAUGGCCCUUUAUUAUUUCACUUUAAAAUUCUUGUUAAGGUUUUGAAUGUAACCACAUUUAAGUCAAUAUCUCAAUCAAUAAAACAUGUUUUGCAUUGAAACUUUAGACAUGUGUUCCCAACUAUCCGACCUACUUAAUUAAUCAAGUUAGAUAACACUAAUUUGAAUAUAAUGCAAUUUAUGGGCUUUUAUUAUUUUACUUAGAAAGUCUGGUUAAGGUUUUGCAUGUAAGCACACAUAGGUUAAUAUCUCAGCAACAACUUGGUGUACUGCAUUGAGACUUUAUACAAUGGUACUCAACCAUCCAACCUUCUUAAAUAACCAAGUUAUAUAACUCUAUUUUGCAUAAAAUGCAAAUUAUGGCCCUUUAUUAUUUCAUUUUAAAAAUCUUGUUAAGGUUUUGAAUGUAACCACAUUUAAGUCAAUAUCUCAAUCAAUAAAACAUGUUUUGCAUUGAAACUUUAGACAUGUGUUCCCAACUAUCCAACAUACUUAAUUAAUCAAGUUAGAUAACUCUGUCAUGCAUAUAAUGCAAAUAAUUGCCCUUUUUUAAUCAACAUAGAAAUUCUGGUUAAGGUUUUGCAUGUAAGCACACAUAGGUUAAUAUCUCUGCAACAACUUGAUGUAUUGCAUUGAGGCUUAAUACAACGGUUUUCAACCAUCCAACCUACUUGAAAAAACAAGUUAGAUUACUUUGUUUUGAAAAUGAUGGCCCUUAAUAAUUCAACUUAGAAAUUUUGGUUAAGAUUUUGCAUGUUACCAAAUUUUUGUCAAUAUCUCAGCAAAUACAUCAUGUAUCCUGUGCUCCCAACCAUUCAACCAUCUUAAUUAAUCAAGUAAGAUAACUCUAUCUUGCAUAUAAUAUAAAUGUUGCCCCUUUUUUAUUAGACUUAGCAAUUAUGGUUUAGGUUUUGCAUGUAACCACAUGUAAGUCAAUAAAUCAGCAACUACUUGAUGUAUUGAAUUGGAACUUUAAACAAUCAAGUAUGAUAACUCUAUCUUGCAUAUAAUACAAAUUUUGCCCCUUUAUUAUUUGACUUAGAAAUUCUGGAUAAGGUUUUGCAUUUACAUGUAAUCUUAUUUUACAGUGAUCCAUGCAUGUUUCACUAAAACUUUGCAAUUCUUAUUUUAAAAGUGGCAGAAUAGUCGAGCGCACUGUCUCUGUGACAGCUCUUGCUAGUUUUAAGUUUUUAUAUUGUUAUUGAUUUUGAUGAUAAUGAUACCUAUUUUAUAAGUGCCCAGGUAGGCUCCAUGUUAGUAACAACUAGUCAAAGUUUCUCUACUUUUUAGUUUUAAAUUAUAAAUGCAAGAAAAUAUAGAGAGAUUUAAAUGCUGCAUGUAUUUUAUGAGGAGUGAGGUCUGGUGUGAUACACGAGGUGUGAGGUCUGGUGUGAGACAGUGAGGUGUGAGGCCUGGUGUGAUACAUGAGGAGUGAGGUCUAAUGUGAUACAUUAGGAGUGUGGUUUAAUGUGAUACUUGAGAAGUGAGGUCUGGUGUGAUAAAUGAGGAGUGAGGUCUGAUGUGAUACAUGAGAAGUGAGGUCUGAUGUGAUACAUGAGGAGUGAGGUCUGGUGUGAUACAUGAGGUGUGAGGUCUGGUGUGAUACAUGAAAAAUGGGGUCUGGUGUGAUACAUGAAAAAUGGGGUCUGGUGUGAUACAUGAGGUCUGGUUUGAUACAUGAGGUGUGAGGUCUGAUGUGAUACAUGAGGAGUGAGGUCUGGUGUGAUACUUGAGCAGUGAGGUCUGGUGGGAUACAUGAGGUCUGGCGUGAUACAUGAGGUGUGAAGUCUGAUGUGAUACAUGAGGAGUGAGGUCUGGUGUGAUACUUGAGCAGUGAGGUCUGGUGUGAUACAUGAGGAGUGAGGUUUAAGCUGAUACUUGAACAGUGAGGUCUGGUGUGAAACAUAAGGUAUGAGGUAUGGUGUGAUACAUGAGGAGUGAGGUCUGGUGUGAUACUUGAGCAGUGAGGUCUGGUGUGAUACAUGAGGAGUGAGGUCUAAUGUGAUAUUGAACAGUGAGGUCUGGUGUGAUACAUGGGGAGUGAGGUCAAAUGUGAUACAUGAGGAGUUAGGUGUAGUGUGAAUACAUGAGGAGUGAGGUCUGAUGUGAUACACGAGGAAAGAGGUCUGAUGUGAUACAUGAGGUGUUGGGUCUGGUGUGAUACUUGAGCAGUGAGGUCUGAUGUGAUACAUGAGGAGUGAGGUCUGGUGUGAUACUUGAACAGUGAGGUCUGGUGUGAUACAUGGGGAGUGAGGUCAAAUGUGAUGCAUGAGGAGUUAGGUGUAGUGUGAAUACAUGAGGAGUGAGGUCUGGUGUGAUAAAUGAGGUGUGAGGUCUGAUGUGAUACACGAGGAAAGAGGUCUGAUGUGAUACAUGAGGUGUUGGGUCUGGUGUGAUACUUGAGCAGUGAGGUCUGAUGUGAUACAUGAGGAGUGAGGUAUGAUGUGAUACAUGAAUAGUGAGGUCUGGUGUGAUACAUGAGGAGUGAGGUCUGGUGUGAUACAUGAGGUGUGAGGUAUGAUGUGAUACAUGAGCAGUGAGGUCUGGUGUGAUACUUGAGGAGUGAGGUCUGGUGUGAUACUUGAGCAGUGAGGUCUGGUGUGAUACAUGAGAAGUAAGGUCUAAUGUGAUACUUGAGCAGUGAGGUCUAUUGUGAUACUUGAGCAGUAAGGUUUGGUGUGAUACUUGAGCAGUGAGGUCUAAUGUGAUACAUGCAGAGUUAGGUGUGGUGUGAUACAUGAGGAGUGAGGUCUGGUUUGAUACAUGAGGGGUGAGGUUUUAUGUGGUACUUGAGCAGUGAGGUCUGGUGUGAUGCAUGGGGAGUGAGGUUUAAUGUGAUACUUGAGCAAUGAGGUCUGGUGUGAUACAUGAGGAGUGAGGUAUGGUGUGAUACAUGAGGAGUAAGGUCUGAUAUGAGGUCUGGAAUGAGGUCUGGUGCGAUACAUGAGGAAUGAGGUCUGGUGCGAUACAUGAGGAAUGAGGUUUGGUGUGAUACAUGAGGAGUGAGGUCUAAUGUGAUACUUGAGCAGUGAGGUCUGGUGUGAUACAUGAGGCUGAAUUCUUGUGUAUUAUGAUGUAAACCACUCAGUUAUUGAUGGAAAUAAAAUUGUCUUUCAAAACAGAA